AUGGAUAAUUUCUCAUUGUUGUUUUCACUUCCUGAAACUCUUCAUAUCUCUAUUGCUAUUAUUGUCGCCAAAACUGGAGCAGCCCAACAAUGCCCUCUCAUUGUCUCUGGUAAACGAGGUAUGAUACUCGCUUUUAAUACUCACGUAUUACGGGCGACUUCAGUUGAGUAUCCAGCAUUACAUCCCAAUUUUUUCAACGAAGAUUCUAAGUUCCGAGCCUUCGUAUUUCGGUGUGUUCUUUCAGGGAAUCUGAAGGCAUGUUAUCUGGAGAGCCUCCGGCUAGCAAUCACAUAUGGAGCACUUGAAGCUAGUGCUCAACUACUACGUAACAUAGUCUCUCCCGACCAAUGA